CAAACAAUUCACUCUCUAUCUCUCCGUCUGUAUCUGGCUUCGCGUCUUCUCCCAAUUUCUCUAACCUCACUGCCAUGUUGUUCAUCACAUCCCUGAACCAGAAAACCCUAGCCUUAAACCUAAACCCCAGCACCACCACUCUCCAUGGCCUCAAGCUCGCAAUCCAUGAAAUCUCCGGCACACCAAUUCCCCUCCAACGUCUCUUCCUCUCCCAAAGCCUCCAAUUGUACUCGAUCACCGACUCCACUCUCCUCUCCGACAUCGGAGUCCGUGCCAAUUCAACCCUAACCCUCCACAUCCCCUUCCAUGGCGGAACCCAACCUCCCGCCAUCCCCAAACCCCGCCUCGAAUUCCUCAACUCGAAACCUCCGGCCAACUAUGUCGCCGGACUCGGCCGUGGUGCCACCGGGUUCACUACCCGGUCCGAUAUCGGUCCCGCGAGGGCCGCUCCUGAUCUCCCUGAUCGCUCCGCCACUACCAUCGGUGGCGCUGCUGGAGCUCCAGCCGUCGGUCGAGGCAGGGGAAAGCCUGGCGAUGAAGAGGAGGAGGAAGAGGGCGACGACAAGGGUUACGACGAGAAUCAGAAAUUCGAUGAGUUCGAAGGGAACGACGUCGGAUUGUUCGCGUCAGCGGAGUAUGAUGAGGACGAUAAGGAGGCCGAUGCAGUCUGGGAAGCGAUUGACAUGAGAAUGGAUUCGAGGAGGAAGGAUCGGAGAGAGGCCAGAUUGAAGCAAGAGAUUGAGAAGUACAGAGCGUCGAAUCCGAAGAUUACCGAGCAAUUUGCGGAUUUGAAGAGGAAAUUGCACACUUUGUCUACUCAAGAGUGGGAUAGUAUACCCGAAAUUGGGGAUUACUCGUUGAGGAAUAAGAGAAAGAGGUUUGAGAGCUUUGUGCCUGUUCCAGACACGCUUCUCGAGAAGGCGAGGAAAGAAAAGGAACAUGUCACCGCGUUAGACCCGAAGAGUAGGGCUGCUGGUGGGACGGAGACGCCGUGGGGCCAGACUCCGGUUACGGAUUUGACGGCCGUUGGCGAGGGAAGAGGUACUGUUCUGUCUUUGAAAUUAGAUAGGCUUUCGGAUUCUGUAUCUGGGUUGACUGUUGUAGAUCCCAAGGGGUACCUUACUGAUCUUAAGAGCAUGAAAAUUACUAGUGACGCUGAGAUUUCUGAUAUAAAGAAGGCGAGGUUAUUGCUAAAAAGUGUAACUCAGACGAAUCCAAAGCAUCCUCCGGGGUGGAUUGCUGCGGCAAGGUUGGAGGAAGUGGCUGGAAAAAUUCAGGCUGCGAGACAGUUGAUUAAAAGGGGGUGUGAGGAGUGCCCCAAGAAUGAGGAUGUGUGGUUGGAGGCUUGUAGGCUUUCGAGCCCGGAUGAGGCGAAAGCUGUGAUUGCUAGGGGAGUGAAGUCCAUACCAAAUUCGGUGAAGUUGUGGAUGCAAGCGGCGAAAUUGGAGCAUGAUGAUUUGAAUAAGAGCAGGGUUUUGAGGAAAGGUUUGGAACACAUUCCCGAUUCCGUUAGGCUGUGGAAGGCGGUUGUGGAGCUCGCUAAUGAGGACGACGCUAGGCGUUUGCUUCAUAGGGCGGUAGAAUGUUGCCCUUUGCAUGUUGAGUUGUGGCUUGCGCUUGCGAGGUUGGAGACCUACGACAGUGCUAAGAAGGUCCUUAAUAGGGCGAGAGAGAAGCUGGCUAAGGAGCCUGCUAUUUGGAUCACUGCUGCGAAAUUGGAAGAAGCUAAUGGGAAUACUUCCAUGGUUGGGAAGAUAAUUGAAAGAGGUAUAAGGGCUUUGCAAAGAGAAGGGCUGGAGAUUGAUAGAGAAGCCUGGAUGAAGGAGGCUGAGGCUGCUGAACGUGCAGGGUCCGUUGCCACUUGCCAAGCUAUCAUUCAUAAUACAAUUGGGAUUGGCGUGGAGGAUGAAGAUAGGAAGAGAACAUGGGUUGCUGAUGCUGAGGAGUGCAAGAAAAGGGGAUCUAUUGAGACUGCCAGAGCUAUCUACGCUCAUGCACUCACUGUGUUCUUGACCAAGAAGAGCAUAUGGCUCAAAGCAGCACAGCUUGAGAAGAGCCAUGGGACCAGGGAAUCUCUUGAUGCUCUGCUUCGUAGGGCUGUAACCUAUCGACCGCAGGCUGAAGUUUUAUGGCUUAUGGGUGCAAAGGAAAAGUGGCUUGCUGGGGAUGUGCCUGCAGCUCGUGCAAUCCUCCAAGAAGCUUAUGCUGCAAUUCCCAAUUCUGAGGAAAUUUGGCUUGCUGCAUUUAAGCUUGAGUUUGAGAACCACGAGCCAGAGAGAGCUAGGAUGCUUCUUGCUAAAGCCCGAGAAAGGGGAGGCACAGAGAGAGUCUGGAUGAAAUCAGCCAUUGUUGAGAGAGAAUUGGGUAAUGUGGAUGAGGAAAGAAGGUUGCUCGAUGAAGGGCUCAAAAAAUUUCCUUCAUUCUUUAAGCUGUGGCUGAUGCUUGGUCAGCUAGAGGAGCGGCUCGGUCGCUUGGAAAAGGCAAAGGAGGCUUAUUACUCGGGUCUGAAGCAGUGCCCGAAUUGUAUACCGCUUUGGAUUUCUCUUUCCACGCUUGAAGAAGAGAUGAAUGGGCUGAGUAAAGCUCGUGCAGUUCUUACCAUGGCCAGGAAGAAGAAUCCACAAAAUCCAGAGCUCUGGCUUGCUGCAGUUCGAGCUGAAUUGAAGCACGGAAAUAAGAAAGAAGCUGACAUAUUGAUGGCUAAGGCGCUUCAGGAGUGUCCCAACAGCGGUAUAUUAUGGGCGGCCUCAAUUGAGAUGGUACCUCGUCCCCAACGCAAAACCAAGAGCAUGGAUGCUGUUAAGAAAUGUGACCACGAUCCUCAUGUCAUUGCUGCUGUGGCCAAGUUGUUUUGGCAUGAUAGAAAGGUGGAUAAAGCAAGGACUUGGCUUAACAGGGCCGUUACGCUCGGUCCGGAUAUUGGUGAUUUCUGGGCAUUGUGUUACAAGUUUGAGCUCCAACAUGGGAACGAAGAGACGCAGAAGGAUGUGCUUAAAAAAUGUAUUGCUGCAGAACCAAAGCACGGUGAGAAAUGGCAGGCGGUAUCAAAGGCUGUGGAGAAUUCUCACCAACCAAUUGAAGCAGUUUUGAAGAAAGUAGUAGUCGCCUUUGGAAAGGAAGAGAGUGCAGCUGAAAAUAAUAAACAUUAAAGGUUAUAGAUCUUCUUGCUUCUUCUCUCUUGGACCUACGAGAUUUGCAUAUUUCCUUACUUUGUUGUCAACAACUACUCUGAUGAUUAACGACAGCUCAGAUUUAAAGGAGGUGCUGUGUUUUUCUUUAGAUGUUAUGACACUAUUUUGUUUUAUUA